CUUUGCAUUACAACAUGGAAGCCAUUGCCAAGUUUGAUUUCAUGGCCUCAGGAGAGGAUGAACUGAGCUUUCACGCUGGAGAUGUUCUGAAGAAAUACACACAGUUCCUUUCAAAAUGUGAAGUUUGCCUCAUUCAAAAGGGUUCCUUCUGAGCGCCUGUGCACCAGCUACCAGGCCGGGUGAUGGAAAUCCGAUUGGCAUAAGCCACCAUCCUUGUCCUGAGAUGCUCGUGGUCUGGAGGGGGAAACAAAUCCAUCCAAAGGGCUGUCACAGAUGGUCUUAUCUGAGUGCCCAGGAGCACAGAUCUUAAGUAACCAAGAGGAGUGGUUCAAGGCGGAGCUUAGGAGCCAAGAAGGAUACGUGCCCAAGAAUUUUAUAGACAUCAAGUUUCCUGAAUGGUUUCACGAAGGCCUCUCACGACACCAGGCAGAGAGCUUGCUGAUGGGCAAGGAGGUUGGUUGCUUCAUCAUCCGGGCCAGCCAGAGCUCCCCAGGGGACUUCUCCAUAUCUGUCAGGCAUGAGGGUGAUGUUCAGCACUUCAAAGUCAUGAAAGACAACAAGGGUAAUUACUUCCUGUGGACAGAGAAGUUUCCAUCCCUCAACAAGCUGGUGGACUACUACAGGACGACUUCCAUCUCCAAACAGAAGCAGAUCUUUCUGAGGGAUAGGACCCGGGAGGAACAGGGUCAGCGGGGCAACAGCCUGGACCGGAGGUCCCAGGGAGGCCCACCCCUGAGUGGGACUGCGGGAGAAGAAAUCCGGCCUUCGAUGAACCGGAAGCUGUCGGAUCACCCCCCGCCCCCUCCCUCGCAGUAUCCCCCCGCACCACUGCCACCACAGCAGCGGUACCUGCAGCAGCAGCAGCCUUUUCAUCAGGAACGCCGUGGAGGCAGCCUGGACAUAAACGACGGGCACUGUGGCAUGGGCAACAGCAGCGAAAUGAAUGCCGCCCUCAUGCAACGGAGACACACAGACCCCGUGCAACUCCAAGCAGCCGGGGGCCCGCAGAUCCUCCUCCGUGUGCCCGUGGCUCAGAAAGCAGCUCUGCCGGCCCCAGCUCAGCAGGACCUCUCUGUGCUUUCCCCCAGCAGCGAGUGCGGUGGGCCCGGGCGCUGUACGACUUCGAGGCUCUCGAAGAUGAUGAGCUGGGAUUCCACUGUGGAGAGGUGGUUGAGGUCCUGGACAGCUCCAACCCAUCCUGGUGGACUGGCCGCCUGCACAACAAGCUGGGCCUCUUCCCUGCCAACUACGUGGCACCCAUGACCCGGUGAGGCCCUUCUGGAGGGCUCGGAAGCUUUGGUCUGAAGCUGCCUGCAAGUGAUGGAACAAGGAAGAAACUCUGGAAGUACACACACAUAUAUAUACGCGUGUAUAUAUACAUAUGCACACACGUAUAUAUGCCUACAUAUCUACACAUUUAUAAUAGUAAUUUAUUGGCAAGUUCGUUGGUUACUUAGUUGAUAUGAAAGGAGCUCAGGUGGAGAAUUCUAUUCAUACUUAUCUUUCUGCUCCCCUCAGCGGGUGUGCAGAAGGCAGGGGGGGCGCUGGGAAGUGGGAGGCAGGGAAAUGACACCGACAUGCCUCCUGCCCUUAGGCCGGCACAGCUUCCUCCUCGUCUUGGGAAUUCUGACUGAGAGGACCUAAGCGGGAUCCACACCUGGUGCUGGACGCAGAAAAGCAGGGUGGGGUUGGACUUGGCGGGGCAUGUCCUCCUUUACCUGCAUGUCUGGCUCCCCGCCCCCUCCGAGGGUGUGCGGGGCUGCUGCCCCCCUCUCCCCACGGGGUGGGCACUGCUGGGUGGAGGACGAAGGCGCCGCUCUGAGCUGGGAGCGGGAGGGGAUGGGAGGGGAGGGCUGGAGCAGGGGGCGUCCCGGGGCCUGGGCAAGACUAGUCCCCUGGCAGAUGCUCACCUGAGACCUUCCUCUCCCUCAAGCGAACGUUCCCCAACGAAUUCUCUUCCAUGUGGCUGCGGUGGAGAAAUGGAGGCCCUGUGAGAACCGAGCACUGGGAAAUGGAGGGGUUUUUCACAAAUCCCCCACUGGCUUACUUGGGUGUAACAUCUGUUUCCCCAGCAACCAAGAACGCAGCAUCCUAGACUCUGUAAAGCGCCCGGAGAAGCCCCGGCUGAGAAUGGCAGAUUUCAGAGCCACUGUUUUAUGGUUACAGGGGUGUCUCUUCAGGGCUCUAUUUGUUUUCCCUCUUGGUUUCCUGUGUUUUGAAGAUGCUUUGCCCAGCAACACAGAGAGAAGCCCACUCCUCAAGAGCACUGUUUAGCGACUGGUCAAUUGACUGAUUGGCCAUGACCCUGGGUGGCAGCUGGCUUGGAGAGAGCUUCCUGUUCCCUCCGACUGUUGGGCCACCGCUGGCGCCUCCCCGCCCCACAAGCUGCACCUGGGAAGGAACCCCACGGCCACUGUCUCUCCUUCACCUCAAAAUAGACUCGUGUCUCCCAGGGCUCAGCCUGGGCGCGGGAAGCACAGAUCAGCCUGGCUGGGGAGCAGGGACACUGGAGAAGGAAGCUCAGUGUCGUAGGGGAGCCAGAACAAACGUGUCCGCCCCGAGGGCGUCUAGGAGGGGUGGUGGGCGGGUAUACGGAGACCAGAAGGAAAGGGCUCAGGCGGAAGUGCUGGUGAAGGAGCUCCGGGGUGGGUGGGGACCUGUUGCUUCCUCUUCUUCCCAGCCCUUCCUUCUCUGAGGAGGGACGGGGCAGCCAUCAACCAAGGUGACGUAGGAAGAAAGGGUUUCUGACUCAGAAGUAACUGUCAGUGUAACGUAGGCUAUGGCCUGUUGGCUCUGAAAUCUGCCAUUCUCUGAUCCCCAUGUCGCCUUUAGAGAAAAAGAGAAAAAGAAAAGACUCUGUGGUGGGUCUUGGGAGGGAAGAGAAAAUAGCCUGAGAGGCAGGGGGAGUCCAGCGAGUGAGGAGGGGUCUCUGGAAGUGAAAGCGCAGGAGGUAGAAGGGAACGGAGACAUUUCAAAAGAUCCAGGAGCAGCGUGAGAGGCUGAAGGGAGGAAGAGGGACAGGAGGUGAAGUGGGACAGGUGAGGAAGACACUGGAGUGACAAGUUGGGGGCAGAUGAGGCACGGGCAGGAGGGACAGAGGCUGGUGGGCAGGACGAACCUGGACAGAGGAGACACUGCAGGAACCAAGGCAAAAGAACAAAGGCCAAGGAGCCCGGAUAAGCUGUUUCGGUGCUGGGUGAUGUGAACAGGUUACAGUAAAUAAAAGCCAAAGUAAUGUUUGAUUUUACAGUA